UGCCGCAGGCACUUGAUUACUCGUUCAUAUGAAGCGGGAGCAGACCCUCUAAUGUUGACCACCUCUAAGAAUGAUCCACAGACCGUUGGCGGUUCAUCACAACUGCCGGCCUGUGGGUUACACUAACAGCCCGAGGGCCAGGAGCCGUGAUAACCUGCUGAUGUAUGGUGAUUUUGGCGAGGAAAACUGUUGCCCCGGACGAUGCCUUGGCCACAGCAGCUCUGAGAGACAGCUCAUGGCUCGUCUCAGUGCUGUUAAACGACGCCAGGCUCUUCGUGGUCCUGCCCACAUGUUCUCUGCUCCUUCAAUCAGCCUGUCAGAGGUUGAGCAGCGUUUCCUGGAGGCAGCUGAGUAUGGCAACAUACCAGAGGUGCGGCGUAUGCUGCUCCAUGUACCCAACUUGAAUGUCAACGCUGUGGACUACAUGGGCCAGAAUGCAUUGCAGCUGGCUGUAGCCAACGAGCAUCUGGAGGUGACGGAGCUGCUUCUGGGGAGGGCGGAUUUGGCCAGAGUGGGUGAUGCCCUCCUGUUAGCCAUCAGUAAAGGUUAUGUUCGUAUCACAGAGGCCCUGUUGGGCCACCCUUCAUUUAGAGAUGCCCAUCGUCUCACAGCAAGCCCUGCUCAAGUUGACAUGUUGGAUGACUUCUAUGCUUAUGAUGAGGACGGGACGAGGUUCUCUCAUGAUGUGACUCCAGUGAUACUUGCAGCACACUGCCAAGAAUACGAGAUAGUUCACACCCUUCUGAGUAAAGGGGCUCGCAUCGAUCCUCCUCAUGACUACUUCUGCAGCUGUGACUCCUGUAACUACCAACAGCAGUUUGACUCAUUCAGCCACUCGCGAUCAAGGAUCAAUGCCUACCGAGGACUCGCCAGUCCUGCUUACCUCUCCCUGUCCAAUGAGGACCCGGUGCUGGCAGCCCUCGAGCUCAGCAACGAACUGGCCAUGUUGGCCAAUAUUGAGAAAGAAUUUAAGAACGACUACUGCCGUCUGUCAAGUCAGUGCAAGGACUAUGUGGUGGGCCUUCUGGAUCUGUGUCGCAGCACAGAGGAGGUGGAUGCCAUACUGAGCGGGGAAACUGACGCUGAAGACAGCUAUGAUCUGCCAGGUCGCCCCUCCCUCACAAGGCUCAAAUUAGCCAUCAAAUAUGAACUCAAAAAGUUUGUGGCUCAUCCUAACUGCCAGCAGCAGCUGCUGAGUAUCUGGUAUGAGAAUCUGCCUGGCCUGAGACAACAGACCACUGCUAUCAAACUGCUGGUGGUGUUAGCGGUGGCUAUAGGACUGCCUGGACUGGCUCUGGCUUACUGGAUCGCUCCAUGCAGCAGAGUGGGGAAAGUGAUGCGUAGCCCCUUCAUGAAGUUUGUGGCCCAUGCGUCGUCCUUCACAAUUUUCCUGGGUCUACUCAUCCUGAACGCAGCUGACCGUUUCGCAGGCACCACCCUGUUGCCAAAUAUGACCCACCAUCAGUACCCAGGAGGACACCAACUCAACUCUGACCCGCUACUACUUUACCGCAUGACCACAACACCCUUCACAUGGAUGGAGAUCCUCAUCAUUUCGUGGGUCAUUGGUAUGAUCUGGGCUGAAGUGAAGGAGAUCUGGAGUCAGGGACCAGGGGAGUACCUGGUCGAACCAUGGAACUUUUUGGACUUUGGGAUGCUGGCGAUCUUCCUUGCCUCCUUCAGCUGCCGCUUCUCCGCUCUGAAACAUGCUGACCUAGCCCAGACCUAUGUACACAGACACUACACAACAUUGAGUAAUGUCACACUGCCCCCGGAGAUACACUACUUUACACUGGCACGAAUCUACUGGUUGCCAUCAGAUCCCCAGCUGGUGUCGGAGGGCUUGUAUGCAGUUGCAGUGGUGCUGAGCUUCUCUCGCAUUGCUUACAUCCUCCCAGCCAACGAGAGCUUCGGCCCACUGCAGAUCUCUUUAGGGAGAACAGUUAAGGACAUCUUCAAGUUCAUGGUCAUCUUCAUCUUGGUCUUUCUGGCGUUCAUGAUCGGCAUGUUUAACCUGUACUCCUACUACCUGGGGGCGAAGCAAAAUGAUGCCUUCACCACCCUAGAGGAGAGCUUCAAGACAUUGUUCUGGGCUAUAUUUGGACUGUCUGAGGUCAGAUCUGUCGUGAUCAACAACGGACACAAAUUCAUCGAGAACAUUGGUUACGUGUUGUAUGGGGUCUACAACGUCACCAUGGUGAUAGUGCUGCUCAACAUGCUCAUCGCCAUGAUUAACAGUUCUUUCCAGGAGAUUGAGGAUGAUGCUGAUGUUGAAUGGAAGUUUGCGCGGGCCAGACUCUGGUUCUCCUACUUCGAGGAGGGAAGGACGCUCCCUGUGCCCUUUAACUUGGUCCCCAGUCCAAAAUCUAUGCUGGGACUGGCCACAUGUAUCAAGUCCCUGCUCCUGCAGUACGUGGCAGGACGCAGGGAGAAGAAAAGUGAGACGCAGCUCAACCAGCUCGGAGUAGGCAAAAAUUCAGGAUAUGGCGAUUCUACCAGCCCAACCAGAUAUCAGAAGAUCAUGAAGCGACUGAUAAAGCGUUACAUCAUCAAAGCCCAAGCAGACAGAGAGAGCGACGAGAUCACUGAAGGUGAGCUGAAAGAGAUCAAGCAGGACAUCUCCAGCCUGCGAUAUGAGCUGCUGGAGGAGAAAUCACAGAACAUGGAGACACUGGACGGACUGCUGAAGAGGCUGGGAGAGAUCAGUACACCUUCAUAGGAGAUGGAAUUUAAAACUGUACAGCCCAAGGAUUUUAAGUGCCUGCUCUUCAUCACUGAAUGUAGAUAAAGUAUUAUAGCGUCAAAGCACUGAUACACUGUAAUAAAAUAAAAAUAUGUGUAUGUGAAUAUAAAAUGAAAAUGUAGCUUGCAGAUGGUAUUUUUAUGAGUCAUUUACAGUAUAUGUUUAUAAUGCACAUAUUGCAAUUUUGGUAUUCCAUGAAAAAUAAAAACCAAAGAACCCAUAUAAUCUAGAUAAUUUAUAAAGAGGGAGCACAUCUUUUAAAGAGGAGAUUGUGGGAUCAUUUGUCCUCCCUAACCUACCAAAAAUAAAUCUCAUUAUAAUCAUUAUAAUAUGUACAAACACCAUUCACACACGUGGAUGCACAUGUUACGUUAGUAAUAUAAUUACAAUUCUUUUUCCUGCCAUUAAAAGUGCAGAAAAAGCAUGCACCCUGCCAGAACUAACAGACAGUGGUUACCCUCAUAUUUGAAAUACAGUAUCUAUGUGAAUGAUUAAAUAAUUCAGCAAUAGUAUGUUUUGCACAUUGGCAUAUGGUAUAACGUCUAUCUGUACUGAAAACUGUGGUGAACUCAGAAACCAUUAACAAA